AUGCAUUUUUUUCCAGCAAAUCCUGCAACCAUUGAAUCAUUCGAUCCAAAAUCUGUAAUUAAAAGUCAAAAAAUAAUUCAAGGUGGAGAUGCAGGUGGUGUUUAUGUACCAAAGAAAGUUGGAAAUGAAGAUCCAAAUUUACACUAUGGCAUAGUUAUUGAUUGUGGAAGUAGUGGAUCAAGACUUUAUAUUUAUGUAUGGCCAGAACAUUCAGGAAAAGAAAAUGAAUUAUUACAAAUUAAACAAUUACUUGAUAAACAAGGUCUACCUGUUGUUAAAAAACUUGAACCAGGUCUUUCAUCAAUGGCAGAUACACCAGCUAAUGCAACUGAAUAUUUAACAUCGUUAUUAGAUUUUGCUGCAAGAACUGUUCCACCAGAUAAACAUCGUGAUACUCCAUUAUACAUUCUUGCAACGGCUGGUCUUCGAUUUUUAACUCCUAAUAAACAAAAACAAUUACUCGAAGAUUUAUUUAAUGAUAUUGUUCGAGAUUAUCAUUUUCAAAUUGAAAAAACUCAUAUACAAGUCAUAUCUGGGAAAUUAGAAGGUAUUUUCAGUUGGAUUGCAAUUAAUUAUGUCCUAGGACGUUUUCAAAGUAACGAAACAGCUGAAUCAAUAUCUGUAAGUGAUGGUAAUUCCGUAUCAAUAUCAAAAAAACGACCAUCAACUGUUGGAAUUCUUGAUAUGGGUGGUGCAUCAGCUCAAAUAGCUUUCGAAGUUUCAGUCGAUACACCAAUCGAAGGUGAAGAAGUAGCCGAAUUUUCUUUAGGUUAUGAUGAACAUCAAGAAACAUUUAAAUAUAAAAUUUAUGUUACAACAUUUCUUGGUUAUGGUGCAAAUAAAGCAUUUGAAAAAUAUAUUGAUCGAAUUAUUUCUAUCGCACUUGAAAAUUCAACAUCAAAUUCAUCUCAUAUUGUCAUGAAUGAUGCUGAUUGUUUACCACGUGGUUAUUCGGCUAAUUAUACACGAAAGAAUAAAACAAUAACAAUUAUAGGUGAAGGAGAUUUUAGUAAUUGUGCAAAACAUUUAGUUACAUUACUUAAUGUAAAUGUAACAUGUAAACGUCAACCAUGUUCAGUUAAUGGUGUUUAUCAACCAACAAUAAAUUAUGAUGCACAAGAUUUUUAUGGUUUUUCAGAAUUUUGGUAUACAAUGGAAGAUAUUUUGAAAAUUGGUGGUCCGUAUGGUCGACAAACUUUUUUGAAUGCAUCAACAAAUUAUUGUAAUUCAAAUUGGACAGAUAUUCGACAAUGGUAUAAUAAUAAACAAUUUCCAAAAGCUGAUCUAAAUCGUUUAUUAUUACAAUGUUUUAAAUCUGCUUGGCUUUAUGCAUUUCUUCAUGAUGGUUUAAAAUUUCCUGUUAAUUAUCAACGUUUACGUUCAGCAUCACUUGUUAAUAAUAAUGAUGUUCAAUGGACAUUAGGUGCCAUUCUUUAUAAAACUCGUUUUCUUCCUUUAAGAGCAAUUAAUCAAGUGAAAAGUACUUUACAUUAUAAACAAUCUCAUAGAGAUUCUUCAGCGAUUAUUAUAUUAAUAUGCGCAAUGUUAGUUAUGUGUAUAUUGAUAUUUUAUCGGCAGAUACUUCGAGCUAAAAUUCGUUUAUUAUUUUAUCGUCGUGUUGGUCUUCAUUCAUCAUCAUCAAGUAGUAAUUUUAAUCAACGUUAUCAAUUAUUAACAUCAGUUGUUAUUGAUGAUUCCCCAUCAUUAUCACGAAUGUAUUCAAGUGAUAAAAUAUCUUCAUCGUCAUAUAAUGGACGGAUGAGAAGUGUUUAA